CGGACCAAUUUUCGUUAGGUCAGAAUAUCCCUUUCUCCACCUUCUAUAAAACCCUACCAAAACCCUCAAUUCCCUUUUCCAGUCUCUUCCUCGCACUCUCAUCAGACUCCUCAAAACGAAGUACAACAAUGGCAACCCAAUCCCUCUAUCGCUCUCUCCUCUCAAAACCCAAAACCCUGACUUCCCUUCUCUUCCCUUACUCCCGCCCUUUCUCUUCCUUUUCCUCCGCCGUCGCUGUCUCCCCCAAAACCUUAAUCAUCCCAUCUCCACCCCCUUCCCUCUCCUUCCUCCGUCGUCUGCGUGCGCCACUUUGCUCCUCUCUCCUUUGUCGUGACUCCCUUUCCCCCGCCGUCAAAUCGUUCGCCACACGCGCUGCCAGGUCCUCCCUCAACGACCCAAACCCUAACUACUCUAACCGGCCCCCGAAAGAGACGAUCUUACUCGACGGCUGUGAUUUUGAGCAUUGGCUCGUGGUGAUGGAGCCGCCCAAAGAGGAUGCUACGAGGGAUGACAUUAUUGAUAGUUAUAUCAAAACCCUAGCUAAAAUUGUGGGCAGUGAGGAGGAAGCAAGAAUGAAGAUAUAUUCAGUUUCUACCAGGCACUACUAUGCAUUUGGAGCUCUUGUGUCUGAAGAGCUCUCAUACAAGAUCAAAGAACUUGAAGGAGUUCGGUGGGUUCUUCCUGAUUCCUACUUGGAUGUGAAGAAUAAGGAUUAUGGAGGAGAACCUUUCAUCAAUGGGCAAGCAGUUCCAUAUGAUCCGAAGUAUCAUGAGGAAUGGGUAAGGAACAAUGCUAGAGCAAAUGAAAGGAACCGGCGUAAUGAUAGACCUCGCAAUUAUGAUAGAUCAAGAAACUAUGAGAGAAGAAGGGAGAAUAUGCAGCAGCCCUAUCAGAACAGGGAGAUGUCUCCUGCCAUGCAGAAUGCUCCUAAUUCAGGAGGAAGGAUGCCACCAAACAACAUGGGAGGAGGAGGGAUGCCACCACCAAACAACAUGGGAGGAGGAGGGAUGCCACCACCAAACAACAUGGGAGGAGGAGGGAUGCCACCACCGAACAACAUGGGAGGAGGGAUGCCACCACCGAACAACAUGGGAGGAGGAGGGAUGCCACCACCAAACAACAUGGGAGGAGGAGGGAUGCCUCCACCAAACAUGGGAGGAGGGAUGCAGCAGCCAUCAAAUCAAGGGUGGUCCAGUAACACGCCUGCUCAUUACCAGAAUAACUAUGCUCCACCUCCAAACAUGGGUGGAGGAAACAUGCCUCAGUACCAGAAUAACUAUGCACCACCUCCAAACAUGGGCGGAGGAAACAUGCCUGGUGGGAACUACCAGUCUUAAAAUGUUUGUUUAUCAUAGACUAUUUUAGGCUGUAGAUAAUGGGAAUAUGUCUGGGAUUUAUGGUUACUAAAAUGCUGUUGAAUACAUUGAGUAAGUUUAUGAAUAUUUCUUUGUUCACAUCUUAUGGUGUGAAAUCUGGUUGGAUGUCUUGCAUGAUGAUGAUAUUGAUGGUGCCAAAGGUGAUACUGUGUUAUGAACUGAUUUUGCCCAGGUUA